AUGGAGAGGCCUUGCAUCUCAAGGCGCAGUCCACUCGCCAUAUCAACACUACUAUUCACACUUCUCAACCCCUCCGCAGCAAUCCCAUACACACCUUCCUCUCUCUUCCUCGCGCCACAAUACAAUGACUCUCUCGCUUACCUUCUUCGACCCAGCAGUUCUUUAGAAGGCAAAGUCGAGCUCCUCUCUCUGAAUUUCUCCUCCAGCCUCGAUACAAACGACACAUCUUUUCAAACACUCCUCUCAGAAGCACCCUUUCAAAGUACCGAGCAGAACUCGACGUAUACACCCGUUAUCGACGACCAAGGCAUCAUAACAGUCUAUGCGGGGAACUGUCAAAACUCGACGGAUAAGAAUACAGUAUGGCAGUUUCACCCCGACAACAGCAGCUCUAUCGGGAAUGGAAGCUGGAGCCAGCUACCAGUGAUCCCGGAUGAAAAAACAAAUCCGAAAUACUUGGCUGCAGGCUUUACAUUUUCUUCAAAUAGCACAAGUGAAAGCGCUGUGUACGCAUUUGGUGGAAUGUGCCCUUUACCAAACAGCACAGAUGAAACAUGGAUAUCUGCUGCAAACUAUUCCCAGUCGAUGACUCUCUUGAAUCCAGAGUCUGGCAAAAGUUCUGAAUAUUAUGCGACUACCACUGGAAACCGUGCACCUCCCGUUGCUGAAGCAGGAAUAGCUAUUGUUCCACUGUCAGCCACAACUUUUAAACAGGAGAGACAGCAGGAUUUCCUGUUCAUUGGAGGACAUACACGACAAGCAUUUCUGAAUAUGUCUCAACUUGCGUUGUUUUCUGUUCCGCAAGGAAGCUGGAGCUUUGUGGCAGUCAACUCAGAAGCAACCCCGAAAACCGAGCUCGCGGUUCGUGAUCAGUCCGUGGAACCUCGAUCAGGGCAUGCGGCAGUCUUGUCAAAUGACGGAACCAAGAUCUUUGUGAUUGGAGGCUGGGUGGGAAAUACGUCUAUCCCAGCUGAUCCUCAAGUCGCAGUCUUGGAGGUUGGAGAAAAUUAUGGAGGUUCGGGUUCUUGGAGCUGGAAGAUCCCGACAUCCAAUGGUGCCAAAAACAUCGACCAUGCUGGAAUAUUUGGUCACUCUGCGAUAAUGCUUCCGGGAGACAUAUUGAUGAUCGCAGGAGGCUAUACAAUCCCCAAACUGAUUUCAAAGCGAUCCACAUUCAUCGCGCAAGCCAACCCCAACGUCUACCUUUACAAUUCAACUUCUGGGAAUUGGAUCACUUCAUACACCAAUCCCACAGCACAUAAGUCAACUUCAUCAGAUGCAAGUGGUCUGUCCUCCAGGCAGAAGAUUGGCCUGGGAGUUGGGCUAGGUCUUGGAAUUCCAUUCCUCAUAAUCAUAGCUCUGCUAGCCAAGCAAUAUCAUCGGAGACAUGGAUUCAAAAGCAAGCGAGACUCACAGCUUCGUGAACUGGCUCUGGGCGCUGAACGUGCACACUUCUGGGGUCGUGGUGAUGUGCUUGACGAGACCAGUGCCCGAACCUCUCGCACGAGUGAAAAGACAGAUCCUGUUUCCACCUACCCUUGGUCUGGAAACCGCAACCAUACGUCUAGGCCUCCUUGGAAUGAUCAAAAGGAUGGAUUGGCAGAGAUGACCGGAUUGCUUGCAAAUGCCAGUCCAAACAUAAAUAAUCCGUCUGAAAGUCGACCGCCCAGCCAAACAAGGCCGUGGAGCGGUUACCGCCGCAGUGAAGUUCUCAGUGAUAUUCACCCUAUUGACGAGCGGGAAGAGGACGAAGCCAUCGUCAGGGAACGUCUUAUGGCAACUAUUCCAACUUCAACAGGGGAAAACCCAGAGUUCCUUGGUCAGGAGGAUCCAUUUACACAGUUGGAUGCGUCAUUCGGCACUCCCCGCACCACGAUUUUCGGCGUAGGUCUGGGUCCUUUCUAUAGCAGACGCAAGGACAUUGGCGCUGAUAACGACGGCGCUGUGUCUCCGGUGAAGAGUGAACGAACUUCCACCAAUCUAUCUGACUCCUCGAGUUUCUCCUUCGCAUCAGCCCAACAGACUGGUCAGGUCAUGCAGGCACGAGCUGUUUACAUUGAACGACCCGUGAGCUGGUCUAGCAGCGGUCGCCAGUCGCUUGAACAGCUUGCGACAGGAUCGUACCGCCUGAGUAGGGAGACAGCAUACAGCGACCUUGAUGGAGUACCUCCCUCUGAAAGCUCAUACUCAGCUGACACCUUCUCAACUGCUCAAACUACUAUAUCAGAUCGCCUUGCAGAAGCUACAUCCCUGCUUUCUGAGCCAGAUGCCACCCGUCCCCAAGAAUCCUUGCCCUCUUCGCCCUCAAAACUACCUCCAUCAGCCAAGCCACGACCAGGAAUGAUGCAGACUAUGCGACGUGCUUUAACUAUCAAUCGCCGCUCAGACAGCCAGACAGAUCCAGACGAGACUGCUGAAGUGGCCUCUGGCAUCGAUCAUCGUAGCACAAUCAUCGGCUCGCCACCGCGCUCUACCAAGAGCGGCGCCAGCACCCCUCGCCGAGCAGUCAGUGCCUCGGCCGAACUCUUCCGCCGCAGAAGAGAAGCUAGAGACAAGAGAGCAUUUGAUCCCGUCAGCAACGAAAGACAUACUCGCGACGAUCUCUUCUUGGGUGCUCCGGGGUAUCUUGGCGACGACGACACUUGCAAUGUUGAUGAAAUUGCCGAGGACUGCGACAUCGAGGAUUCCAAUGAAAGUAGCAGUGUACAGCUCACCUAUACUUUCCCACGAGAGAAACUUCGUGUCGUCAAUGCUACUAAGGGUGACAUGGAUAAUCUCUCAGAGGGGUCUAUCAAUCGGACUCUUAGUGGUACGACAGUCCUUCGCCGAGUAAGCAGUUAG